GGCUGGUGGGAUCUCGACCCCUUCUCUCGGCACACCAAGGAGGCUGGCAGGCACUUCUUCCCUGCAUCGACAGCAACCCGACUGCCUAGUGUCAUGGACCGGUUUGAUUGGGCCCGUAUGGGAGGUGAGCAGUUCGAGCACAAAAAGAUUGCCGACCCGCAUACAGUAUGGAUUGGCUCUUCAUUGCUGGGCAUGGUGAUGGAGGAAAUGUUACACUGGGACCCGAACAGGACCGACCGAGUAUUGGUGAUGAACGGCGACGCCUGGUUUUCUGACGUCUUCGGAUCUCCUGGGCGAAAUCCCAACGAGUUCGAGCCCCUGGAUCAACGAGCUGCCGAGGUAUACGACCAGCGGCGUAACAAAAUCAGGCCGCAGGUUGAGGAAAAGGUCAGGAAGUUGCGGAAGUAUUUUGAUCGUAUCUUUUUCGAGGCCAAGGAUAUGGACGUGAAGGGCGUUGAGACCAUGCCGAUUGGCUUCACCGAGUUUUUCCUCCGCAACGGCGUUGCCGAGCACGCCGCUGCCGCUGUAGCGAGCGCGAGCAUCGAGAACAAGCCAGGGGAGGUCAAGGGCUCGUUCAGUUUCUAUCACGACCUGGCGAACUGCAAGAGGGGCUGGGGGGAGGGCCAAUGGCUGAGGCUCCAGGCGAAGGAGUGGAGCAGAACUGCCGCGGCGCGGGCUGGCGGAGUGAACUCAGACCCCGUCGAGCCCGUGGAAUGGUGGAGCACGCUCGCCCAGUUCAAGUUUCUGAUGACGCCCAACGGCUGCGGCGUGCAGACUCCCAAGCAGACCGAGGCGCUGUGGGUGCUCACAAUCCCCAUAGCCAGGCGCGGCCCGUACAGCGCCUACGACGAUUUGGUCCGCUAUGGCUUCCCGAUGGUGGUGGUCAACGAGUGGGACGAGAUCACGCCGUCCAACACCAGGGAGUGGUGGGCGCGCCUGUCGCCCCGGCUGGUGAGCUUUCGCGAGAACUGCCUGACCAGCGAGGCGUAUUGGCGAUUCUUCACGGGGCAGGGCACCCGCUGCGAGUAG